UAAUCUAGUGGACGGGACGCUCCUUCAAACACAACAGCUAGUCAGACGCCUCGGUAGCUUUCUAGCAAACAUAGUUACAACAUUCACGCUCUUUACACUGUUUUUGGUGUAUAUUAGUUGCUGUGUAUUAAACACACUUCUGUCGGAUGUACUUGUUGGCCCAUUUAAGUAUAUAUGUACGUUGUUUGUCAGCUAGCUGGUUUGCUAAGAACUAGGCUAGUCGCUAAUGCUAGCUAGCUAACAUCUCCGACCAUGAGUUCACUGAGCUACUCUCCUUCUGCUAAAGAAGCCCCCGUGAAAGAUGAGGACGAAGAGAAGGAUGUUACAAUUCAAAAACAAGUAGAGGGUGAGGCUGUUACUGUGAAAGAAGAAGAGAAAGACGUUUCAGUGAAAGAAGAGGAAGACGCGUUCAGAGUGAAAGAGGAGGAGGAUGUUACUGUAAAAGAAGAGGAUGAUGCAGUUUUAUCAGUGAAAGAGGAGGAGGGGGAGAUGACUGUCACAUUGGAGGAAGAGGAGGAGGUUAGAGAUCUGUUUAACACCAGAGAGAUACGUGACUAUCGUGGAUCCUCUGGGGAGCCUCAACAACCUCAUGAUGCUGAAGAGGCAGAGAAGAGUCACUCAGAGAAGAGUCACUCGAGGUCAGAACACCGCAAGAAAAACCUGCAGAGAUCCACAGGAAAGAGAACUCACUGCUGCUGUGACUGUGGGAAGAGAUUCACCUCGUCAGGCAUUAAAAUUCAUCAGAGAACACACACAGAAGAUAAAUAUUUUAGCUGUGAUCAAUGUGGGAAGAGUUUUGGUCAAUCUUGCCUUCUGACAAGACACCAGAGAACUCACACAGGAGAGAAACCUCAUGGCUGUGGUCAAUGUGGGAAGAGUUUUGGCCAAUCUUGCCAUCUGACAAGACACCAGAGAACUCACACAGGAGAGAAACCUCAUAUCUGUGUUCAAUGUGGGAAGAGUUUUGGUAGAUCUGGAGAGCUGACAGUGCACCAGAGAACACACACAGGAGAGAAAUCGUAUAGCUGUGGUCAAUGUGGGAAGAGUUUUGCUGCAUCUAGCACUCUGACUCAACACCAGAGAACACACACAGGAGAGAAACCUUAUAGAUGUGGGCAAUGUGGGAAGAGUUUUGGUCAAUCUUGCCAUCUGAUGCAACACCAGAGAAUACACACAGGCAAGAAAUCUUAUAGCUGUGAUCAAUGUGGGAAGAGUUUUGGUCGACCUGGAGAGCUGACAGUGCACCAGAGAACUCACACAGGAGAGAAACCUUUUAGCUGUGAUCAAUGUGGAAAGAGAUGUACUACAUCUGGCUCUCUGACUCUACACCAAAGAACACACACUGGAGAGAAACCUUAUAGCUGUGAUCAAUGUGGGAAGAGUUUUACAACAUCUGGCAAUCUGACUCUACACCAGAGAACACAUACAGGAGAGAAACCUUAUAGCUGUGGUCAAUGUGGGAAGAGUUUUUUUGGAUCUGGAGAGCUGACAGUGCACCAGAGAAUACACACAGGAGAGAAACCUUAUAGCUGUGAUCAAUGUGGGAAGAGUUUUGGCCGAUCUGGCCAUCUGGUAUCACACCAGAGAACACACACAGGAGAGAGAACUUACAGCUGUGAUCAAUGUGGGAAGAUAUUUGAUCACUCUGGAGAGCUGACAGUGCACCAGAGAACACACACAGGAGAGAAAGCUUAUAGCUGUGAUCAGUGUGACAAGAGAUACUCUGAUAAAAGAUCUCUGAUCAAACAUCAGAAAAUACAUGAAGGAGUUCUGCAGACGCGUAUGACCUGUGACGAGACGGGCAAUCACGCCACAGGUGUGCUCUUGAGCCACACCCGUGGCAAGCCUUGGAAACCCAGGGAGUCCCUGGGGUACCUCGCUGAGGAGACAUUGUCCAUGUAUCUCCCCAGAAAGGCCCUCACUUCUUCAUCCUUCACAUGCGGAUUGUACAUGUUUACGCUAACAUCCCCGACCAUGAGCUCCCAAAACUUCUCCCCUCCUGUUAAAGAAGAGGGGGUCUGCUGGACGGAGAAAGAAGCUCUGGGGCUGAACAUUGUCGUGAAAGAGGAGAAGGAAGAAGAGGAUGUCACAGUAAAAAAAGAAGAGAAAGACGUUUCAGUUAAAGAAGAGGAAGACGCGUUCAGAGUGGAAGAAGAGGAGGAUGCAGUUUUUGGAGUGAAGAAGGAAGGGGAGAUUACUGUCACAUUGAAAGACGAAGAGGUGGAGAUAGGAGAUCUGAUUGACACCAGAGAGAGAUGUGACUAUCGUGGAUCCUCUGGGGAGCCUCAACAUCAUGAUGCUAACGAGGCAGAGAAGGGUCUCUUCACUUCAGAACACCUCAAGAAACGCCAGCAGAGACCCACAGACAGGAAAUCUCACUGCUGCUCUGACUGUGGGAAACGUUGCAAAUCUUCAUCAGAACUUAAAAUACACCAGCAUGUACACACUGGAGAGAAAUCUCACCACUGUUUUGAUUGUGGGAAGAGUUACUUAAGAUCAGAAUCACUAAAAGUACACCUGAGAAUUCACACUGGAGAGAAACCUUAUAGCUGUGAUCAAUGUGGGAAGAGUUUUACUCAGUCAAGCUGCCUGAAAACUCACCUGAGAAUUCACACUGGAGAGAAACCAUAUAGCUGUGAUCAAUGUGGGAAGAGUUUUACUCAGUCAAGCUGCCUGAAAACUCACCAGAGAAUUCACACUGGAGAGAAACCUUAUAGCUGUGAUCAAUGUGGGAAGAGUUUUACUCACUCAAGCUGUCUUAUAGUACAUCUGAGAGCACACACAGGAGAGAAACCUUACCACUGCUCUGACUGCGGAAAGAGUUUUGUUAGUUCAACAGAUUUAAAAUCCCACCUGAAAAUACACACAGUAGACAAACCUUAUAACUGUACUCAAUGUGGGAAGAGUUUUAAUCACUCAAGCUGGCUGAUAGUACAUCUGAGAGCACACACAGGAGUGAAACCUUAUAGCUGUAAUCAAUGUGGGAAGAGUUUUGUUACAUCUAGCCAUCUGACUCUACACCAGAGAACACACACAGGAGAGAAAUCUUAUAGCUGUAGUCAAUGUGGGAAGAGUUUUAUUCAGUCAAGCAGCCUGAUAUCACACCAGAGAACACACACAGGAGAGAAACCUUAUAGCUGUAAUCAAUGUGGGAAGAGUUUUACUCAGUCAAGCAGCCUAGUAUCACACCAGAGAACACACACGGGAGAGAAACCUUAUAGCUGUAAUCAAUGUGGGAAGAGUUUUACUCAGUCAAGCAGCCUGGUAUCACACCAGAGAACACACACAGGAGAGAAACUUCAUAGCUGUGAUCAAUGUGACAAGAGAUACUCUGAUAAAAGAUCUCUGAUCAAACAUCAGAAAAUACAUACAUGAAGGAGUUGUUUCCUGAUAUCAAUGAAAUAAUGGCACAAUGUAGAAUGUUUUAACAUUGUAGUAGGAGUAUUUUAGAUGUCACAAUGUAGAAUGUUUUAACAUUGUAGUAGGAGUAUUUUAAUGAUGUCACAAUGUAGAAUGUUGUAACAUUGUAAUGAGUAUUUUAAUGAUGUCACAAUGUAGAACCCUAAUUAUUUCUCCCAUGUUCUAUGAGCCUCACCAGUGGAAUUUUUUUUGUACUUUGCUGUGUUCAUCUUUCCCUCGAUCCUGACUAGUCUGCUAGUCCCUGCAAAACUUCCCCGCUGCAUGAUGCUGCCACCCCCAUGCUUCACAGUAGGGAUGGUGCCAGGUUCCCUCCAGAUGUGAAUCUUGGCAUUCAGGCCAAGGAGUUUAAUCUUGGUUUCAUCAGACCAGAGAAUCUUGUUUCUCAUGGUCAGAGUCCUUUCUGUGUUUUUUGGCAAACUCCAAGCAGGCUGUCAUGUGCCUUUUACUGAGGAGUGGUUUCCGUCUGGCCACUCUACCGUAAAGAUCUGAUUGGUGGAGUGCUUCAGACAGAUGGUUGUCCUUCUGGAAGGUUCUCCCAUCGACACAGAUGAACUCUGGAGCUUUGUCAGAGUGACCAUCGAGUUCUUGGUCACCUCCCUGACCAAGGCCCUUCUCCCAAAUGUAUGUAGUUCUGUACUUGAGCUGGUCUUGUCUGUUGAUUUGUGUCAUGUUUUGUGUGGACCCCAGGAAGAGUAGCUGGUGCUUUUGCAACAGCUAAUGGGGAUCCUAAUAAAAUACCAAGAUUGCUCAGUUUGGCCGGGUGGCCAGCCCUAGGAAGAGUCUUGGUGGUUCCAAACUUUUUCCUUUUAAGAAUGAUGGUGGCCACUGUGUUCUUGGGGACCUUCAAUGAUGCAGAAAUGUUUUGGUAUCCUUCCCCAGAUCUGUGCCUCAACACAAUCCUGUCUCAGAGCUCUUCGGACAAUUCUUUUGACCUCAGGGCUUGGUUUUCACUCUGACAACUGUGGGACCUUUAUAUAGACAGGUGUGUGCAUUUCCAAAUCAUGUCCAAUCAAUUGAAUUUACCACAGGUGGACUCCAAUCAAUUUGUAGAAACAUCUCAAGGAUGAUCAAUGGAAACAGGAUGCACCUGAAAGCAAUCUCAAGUCUCUUAGCAAAGAGUCUGAACACUUUAAGUAAAUACAUUUGCAAAUGGUUUGUCAUUAUGGGCUGUUAUGUGUAGAUUGAUGAGGGGAAUUGUUUUUCAGAAUAAGGCUGUAAUGUAACAAAAUGUUGAAAAAGUGAAGGGGUCUGAAUACUUUACUGAAUAUUGGUGGCAGAUUUUUCUACCGCUGGCAGUUUUGUACACAGUCAUGUGAUAUGUGGUAUAGAAACAUCCAAUCUUAGGCGAAUACAAGGGAGGCACUAUACUGUGUAUCUGGUCAAAACCACUGAGACAGGUGCCCCUCCACCCUCUGGUGGGAUGGAUCAUGUCUACAGAGAAACCUAGAUUCAAAUACUUAGAUUUGUGUGUAUUGGGUAAAUGUUGUGAAAUUGUUAGAUAUUACUUGUUAGAAAGUACUGCACUGUCGGAGCUAGAAACGCAAGCAUUUCGCUACACCUGCAAUAAUAUCUGCAAAACAUGUGUACGUGACCAAUAUAAUGUGAUUUUGAUUUGAAAUAAAUGUCCUAUUUAUCAAAGGUG